GGUUAGAUUUAUUUUCUAGUUUCCUGUGCACUUUCCCUCACUCCCUGUGUCUCUAUCUCACCUUCUCUUUCCCUCUCCAUAGUCUGCCUUCUCCCCCUCCAAUCACACCUGCUAUCAGUUAGCUCAUCAGCCCAGGUCUUUUGUUCAACGGUCAACUUCCCCAGUAUUUAAGCUUCUGAUUUUCACUCACUCCCCACCAGAUCCUUUUGUCUACUCCUGUCAUGUCCCUGUGCUUCCCUGUGUUCUCCUUAUGUUUCAUUGUGUCUCCCUUUGGGUUUUUUUGUAUUUUGCCCCGACUCCAGUGAUUUCUGUUUCCUGUCCUGGAGUUCAUCUGUCAGUCAAAGAUGACGUCUAUCUCAACAUGUUCUUCAUGGAUCAAUUCCGUCAAUCUCGGUGUGUCCCUGCAGUCUUUCCUUUGUUGUUCCAUGAGGAGAUUACAUUUGAAAAGAUUUUUCGGCAUGCAGUUGACCCUGGAGAAAUAGCUCUACUGCUUGAGUAUGAAACUGUCAGAAUAGAACUGGUGCAACUGAUUCCUCCAGCUGGAGACACGCUAGCAUAUUUUGAAGAAGAUGCUCGUAGUUUCCUGUUUCCAGAGCCCAAGCUAGUUCCGUCCUUCUCUGGAGUGGACCGAGAAAUACUGAUGACGAGAGCCGCUCACUUCUUUAGUAUUGUUCCUCGGUUAGAGUUUUCUACCAAGACUACAAUUUCUGAGUGUCCACCUGAUACAAAGGUUACCACUUACUGUAACACUCCACUGUGGCCAGGGAAAAGAAGAAACAAGAGGCACUCCAACAUACCUCAAUCUACACCUCAUCGGACCGCUGAGGGAGAGAGAAGUGUCAGGAUGGCCUCACCUCUGUCGUGCAUUUCCAGAUCCAAGUACCUGUCUCUGCUGAGAGAUGGGAACAUCCCCAGUCUGGCUCAACUCAGUAUGGGCUCUGCACCUUGCAACCCCACUGACUGGGAGACCACCAGUUCUCAGCCCAUGAUGUCCUCUCGGCUAGGGGCUAGUGUGUCUGCGUCAUCCAAAUGCUCUACAAUGUUUACCAGCCGCCCUUCUUCACCUUUAACCAGGUCUUCCUUCACAGUGAGUCAUUCCUCUGCUUCCAGAAGACUUCUGCCCAGGAGCUUGCAGGUCAGAGGAACAUCUGAGUUUGAUUCCAGGUAUUUAGGAGCGGCUGAGUCCAUUGACCCUGUGGCCUUACCACUGUAUCUGUCCUACAGAGAACUUCCCCACCACAGCAGUACUCACAGAUCAUGGGAAGAACUCCAUGAGCAAGUUCGAGGUCUUAUAACAACACCAAAAGCUGUACGGCGACUUGCCUAUGGGACCACAGUGUCUGAGGCAGAGGAAGUUUUAGCCCGGAGGUUCAUUUCUGCAAGGUCAUUUCUGCUCUGAGUCUGUAGAGCUCAAAUGGUGCUGAUCUAUGGCUGCGUCAAAGGUGGUCGGCAGGAUUGUCUCCAUAUGUCUUUUUUCAAAUUCAGUUAAACACAAAGUUGGUGUGAAGUUUUUAUUACUCACACUCUUCGUCGUCUGGAUGGAGAUCUUCUAACGGUUCUGGAAUUCAUCUGCAGUGUCUUGGGUUGAUCUAGAUGCCUCUUUCAAGGAUUGAAUGAUUGACCGUCAUACCAGCUUUUCUUGUUUGUGGUGCAAAAUUUGGAAUCACAUCCCAGAUUAAGAAAUGUAAUGAAUAAAGUGAUAUAUUUUA